AUGUGUCUGGAGCUGCCUCAGCUCUUGCUGGCCUCAGCAAGCCCCAACAAGGCAGUGGAGUUCAUGCACCAAGUGCCCAGCCUCAUGGGGCAGCAGUGCCUGGGCAACGCAUGGGGCUGGGCAGGAGGCGGUGGUGGCAGCCUAAUGGACUUGCACAAGUUGCUGGUAGCGGCGGCCCAAGUAAUAAUAAAUCCAUUGAUCUUACAGCCCAAGAAACAUGAAGAAGAAGAGGGUACUACAGACACUGCUACUUCAUCAUCCAAUAAUAAUGAAAAGGAUAGUGGAGUGGGCCCCACAGAUGAGAGCCAACACAAUGAUGAGAGCUCAGAGCAAGAAAUUCCUAUUGAGGAGCAGAAGAAGGAAGCCCAACAGGAACUUGGACAGACUCCAGACACUUUGGACAGCACUGAAAUUCAGUGGAACCAGAGCCUAAUGCCCGGGGAAUAUAUGAAAACUGAUUUUGUUGUUAACCAGGAAGAGGACUGUGAAAGGUUUCACCAGCUAUUGGAGCUCAAGUGUAAGAUCCAAAAUCCUGGAGAGUAUGAUUUAUAUUAUUCAAGCAGUGCCAUAGAAUAUAAUCGAAAACAGAAAGCUGGGGUUGAGCAUGAACUGCAGCUGCUCAAUGAGGAAUUGAGGAACACUGAAUGUGAAUGUCAGAACAUUAUGCAGGCCCAUCAGCUUCAAAAAAUAAGAGAUCAGUAUAAGUAUAUUUGCACACUGCAUAAUAGUACAUUCAGGAACUUUAACACCAUUACAGAUCUUCAAGGAGGAAAACUCUGUGAGAAAAUAGAGCAUCCAGAGAAAUCUGACAAAGAAACUUCCAGUGUUUACAAUACACCCGAAAGCUGUAGAAAGAUGCCAUUGAAUUUAGAGCAAUCUGCUGAUAGUUCUCUUCAACAAAUGGUUAGCAUUACCAAUAAAAAAAAUAUCAGGACUACCAUUGUAGCAAAACAGUUGUCAUCAAGGCAUAGUAACCAGGAGGCAACUCUUAAGAAAACCAAAGUUUCUGAGCAAAAUAAUUCAGCUGAAGACAAGGAAAUAAUUUUGGAAAUCAGCAAACCAACAAAGCAGGAAAAACCAAGCUCUGAGCACAUUCCUCACCUGUCCCCCUACCAUAGUUCUUCCUACAGGUAUGGGAAUAUACCUGCCCAUGCUAAGCGUUAUCAAAGCUAUAUGCAGCUGAUUCAACAAAGAGCUGCCUUGGAAUAUGCCCAAAGUCAGCUUAGCCUAGUGAACAUUUGCAAAGAGUCACAAAAGGGUACAGAGGCCAAAAUGGAAUGGAAAGUUAAAUUAAGGAGUGAUGGGACAAGGUAUAUCACAAAGAGACCAGUAAGAGACAGAAUCCUGAAGGAACGUGCCUUAAAGAUUAAAGAGGAGCGCAAUGGAAUGACUACUGAUGAUGAUACAGUGAGCGAAAUGAAAAUGGGUCAUUACUGGAGCAAAGAAGAGAGGAAGCAGCAUCUGGUGAAAGCCAAAGAGCAGAGGAGACGUUGGGAAUUCAUGAUGCGCAGUCAGCUGGAGUCUCUCAAAGAGAAUCCUCAAAGUGGCAGUGAGGCCAAAAAGGAAAUUAAUAUAAUUGAACUCAGUCACAAAAAGAUGAUGAAAAAGAGGAACAAGAAGAUUUUGGACAACUGGAUGACUAUCCAAGAACUUAUGACACAUGGUGCUAAAUCUCCAGAUGACACAAGUGUACACAAUGCUUUUUUAUCUGUUACUACUGUGUGAAUAUGGUAGUAGUUAUCUAUGUUUAGUAAUUAUGAUGUUCGGCAAAAAGCCCACUUUUGGUAGAAUAUAUUGCCUCAUUCAAGGUGGCAUUUUUAUAUAUUUGGCGGCUGUUAUAUUUGGGUCUUUUUGUAAGCAAAUUCUUUGGCAAUUUUACAUUUGCUCUCAUAUAAUACUAUUUUCUUUAACAGUAAUUUUACAACCUUUCUUUAUUCUGCAAUAUUUAUGUAAUAUUAAUUUCUAUUUAAAAACAAAAAUAAAAUAAUCAAAAAGAAGGAAUGGUUACUUUCAUACACAAUUUUAAAUACUGAUUAUUAAGAAUGUAGACCUUUCCUCUUAAUUUUGUUUUAUAAUGCUUUAUUAAAAUUAUAAUGCCAAACCAAAAUACUUUAUACCUUAUUUUUGCUUAUUGGCAUUUUAAUUUUUUAAACAUUAUAUGUUCGUAAUUACAUACCAUAUCUCUUCAUGAAAUUUAAUAACAUUUUGUCUAACAGCACAUUGUACAGCUAAAUUUAAUUUUUAAAUUGCAAUAGUCUUUGUCAGUGUAAAGUGUUGGUAAUGAAUUCCCUGUGAAAUGUAAUAGUUGUGUAACUAGAUAAUAUGUAGUAUUUGUGAAGAUCAUAGAAAAAAAAUAAAUUAUUUCAUCUCUUUAUGAAAAAUUAUCAAAGGCUGCUUUAAUUUUCAUUCCUUCUACAUGCGUAUUUAACAUUUUAUAUUAUAGUACAAAAUGUUUGAACAGAUAAAUAUCCAAUUAGGGAUAUAAUUCUUUAUACAACAAAAGAAUAUUGUAGUUGAAAAAUGGUUUAUAGAAGGCACAAUGAUCCAGUUUGCCUCUCCUAGCACCAACACCCACAUUGUUCUUUCAUCAAAGAAAAUGAUGAAUUGCAGAAUAGUUCCCCUUCCCCAUUCUCUCAAUUGCAAGAAUUUUCUCUUUUUGUAUGUCAAUAGAAGCAUGUAGACACUGAAAUAUUUCUUUCUUGCAUUUAAAAAUUGGCAUCAAAUUAAUUCAGGAUGAUAAGCAGUAGAUCAUUUGGUUUGUUUUUUGCAGUGAAUUGGUGCUUAAACUUGAUAUUGCAGUAUUUGCAUCU